AUGAUCACGACAUCGCGCGCUUGUUCUCCAUUUGAUAAUGGGCGAUGGACUGGGUCAGGUCCUCGCGAGCCGUCGCGCACGGCUAGAGAGAUGGACACGCUGCGUUUUGGGAGCCAGGAGUUCGAGUUCUAUGUCGCGGGGGCGGAGCUUGAUGCGCUGGCCCAGAAAAAAACCACCGACUACGGCGGCGCUUUGCCGCAGAGGCUCAAGAAGGGCGCUGAGUCCUCGCUGCUGGUGCUGGACUGCGUGCUCGGCAGCGACGCGGCCCUAGCGCCUACAGCACCGGCCGUACGUACACCCGUUUUGCUGGAAUACCACAGCGUAAAUGAGACGCACUUCUUCAUCGCCACGCAUGCAGGACAGCCAAUCCUGAAAUGCAAUGUGACGCGGGUGCGCGAGCAGCUACAACCGUCCCUCCGAGUUCUGGCGCAGAAGGGGCUUGAGGCGCAGGUUCGUCGGAAAAACUUGGAGCUGAAGAUGCAGGAGGGCGAGCAGAGCACGCGGCCUCGCAAGAAGAGGCGAUUCACGCCCGCUCCAGCGGGGUUCACCAGAAUCCAACACAGGUACCGGGAUCUCCAGUGCUCCGACGUCGUUCUCGCAGUGGCCGACGACGAAACGUGGCAACUGGAGUUCCAGAUUCACCUCAAGUACCGCGAGAACGCGGCCAACCUAUUUGCACCCGAAACUAACACCUUUCUCGACGAGUCUUUCUCCACUCGCAACCGCGUUCACUUCCUCAAACACGAAAUUACCAAUCUCAACUCGCGUCUCGACGUCAGCUACAAUGUGCAGCGGAAGUUCAAUCACCAGAGCGCAAAAUACACCAAGCACCUCUGCCUCGAGCCCAGCCCGGCCAUCCAGGAAAUUCCACAGCUCAACGUCCAGCUCCUUCCCUUCCAGAUGGAGUCACUGCAGUGGAUGCUGGACAAAGAGGGGUUCUUGAGGUCAAAAGCGGACCCGGAGCUGAAGCAUGAGUACGACAUAGACGCCUUGUGUGAGCAUCUCAACGCAUACGUCUCAUUUGGGUACGAAGUCGUGCGCGUGCGAAACCUCCCGCCUGUAUUGUGGAAUAAGUUUACUGGUUACAUUCUCUCCCUCGAAGAUGCACAAGAACUAUCAAAGUCUGCUGAGGUCACCGAAAGGCACGCCAAGGGCGUUCUUUCCGAAGAGAUGGGCCUGGGCAAGACCUUGGAGGUCCUGUCCCUGAUUCUUGUCCACAAGCGUGCCAUCACCGGCACACCCACCUACAGGUCAGACUCUAACAAGGAAAUUCUGAAGGCAGCGACAAAUCUCAUCGUUUGCCCUGACAGCAUUCUGGCGCAGUGGAUUGGCGAAAUAGAGUCUCAUGUAAUAAACAAAGACCCAGAUACCCAUAGUAGCCUGAGGAUUUUCCAUUACGAAGGUUACCAGGAGGUCAGAAAAUACUUCAGCACCGAUGACAUCGGAACUAUUGUGAAGCACCUUUCGAAAUACGACAUCAUAAUUUGCUCGUACUCUACGGUGUCUUCCGAAGUUCACUAUGCCGAGUUCAGCUCGAUGGCGAGACACCGUAGGGGUGCUGCGCCAAAGUACGACUACACUUCGCCGCUGUCACUAUUGCAGUUCUUCCGUAUUAUUCUGGAUGAGGUUCAAAUGCUUGGAAGCGAAAGUACCAACGCGGCUCGAUGCACCGGACUUCUACAUCGCGUUCAUACAUGGGGAGUCUCUGGGACUCCAAUCUAUGAUAUCACGCACUUUCAAACUGUUUUGUCAUACCUGCAAUUUCAUCCAUUUCAGGACUCACCAAAGAUAGUAGACGCGGUAGAAAUUGGCAUUUACAGGCAGAACAACCUCCUUUCGAGAUACCACAGCCAGCAUAGCCAUCUGGUAAACGGUGUGAAGUUUGAUAUAUACGACUUGAUGGACCUUUUUCCGCGGUUCAACUUAUGCAUACGACAUUCGAAAGAGGAUGUGGCAGACCAGAUCCGUAUUCCUGAACAACACAACUACAUUGUGCCUCUUGAGUUUUUUCCUAUCGAACGCGACAACUAUAUGAAUCUGUGGUCUGCGUUCUUACACACCUCGGGUUACCAGAGCGACGGCCGUGGCGGGACAAAUAUGCCUUCCGCUCAGCUUAAUUACUGGCUUAGCCUUUUGCGCGAAACGUGCUGUCAUGCUCUUAUGCCCAAUUCCACACAAAAACAGGAAGCAGAAAACGAGCUUCCUGAGGUCCAGAGCAUUGAUGCAAUCUUGAAAAGAAUAACUGAUGAGGUUUAUGAGAAGAUUGACGCACUUCAUCGAGAGAACAUUGGGCUUCAAAUCCAAGCAGCACUGGUUUACAUGGAAAUAGAUGAGAACCCGGUGAAAGCCAUGAGAGAUCUAAGUUUAGUGCGCGAGGAACUAACCAAAGAUCUUAAUACUAGGUUUGGAAUCCAGGUUUUCCUGAAAAAUGACGACGUAUCAAAUACAAUACUAGAGGAUGCUUCCAACAACGAUCCGCAAAAACUACGUGCUAAACCAUACAUGGAUCUACUCCACCAAUGUUGCUUUUUCAUUGCGACCGCCUAUUAUUCGAUGGGAUCCAAAAAGCUAGAAGUAAUUGACAUAGAGAACGAGAGACAUGCACAGAUAAAGUCUGCUGACGAAAAGGAAAGCAACUCAUCAAAAAGCGUGGUCUCUCGCAGUUACACUGACGUUUAUUCAGAGGAAGAGAUGAAAGAGAUAAACUCAUACCAGAUCCUUGAGCAGCAGAACUACGCCCACGCUGAAGCAUUGAGAAAAGCGAUACUGGCUGAUAGAAUCGAAAGAGUCGACUCAGAAAUCAUCAGUGUCCAAAAGUUUUUCACAAACAAGAAAUCUUCUGUCACUUGUUUUUUGAAGGAAAUACCAUUCGCAUGGGACGAGGACUAUUCCUCAAAUCUUCACGUAGCAAACUGCUUCAAGCGCUUGCGAGCUGCGUUUCAGAAUCUCGAUAAACAGUCGCAGCAAUUUAAUGAGCUAGUGGAGCGGCUCCAGCAGCAUUCUUAUAGGCCUAUUAUUCGGGAAUACACCGAAGAAAACGAAGAUGAAAAGGCACUAGAUUACGAGAACUCCAUCGAUAACCAAGACAAGAUGUUUGCGAUACUUGACUGCCUCGAGAGAAUCUUGAGUAAUAGAGAGGACAUCAUAACCGCAGAGGAAGAAACUGCGGGUUCCUCAAAAAAUAUGCUAAGAAACACUGAGACACUCUCAGAUUUUCACGUAACUUUGGCGGGUGAACUUUUCCUCCCAGAAAGUCCUACACUCAAGCCCAUUUUUACGGACCUGAAAAACGUCAAUAUUGUUAAAAGUCUCGCUGGGUCAUCACAGAAGGACGACAGCAAGUUCGAAACUUAUUUGCUUGGUUUCGAAAAAGAGACAGCCAAAUUAAGAAAGGAAAUCAAGCAGCUCAGAGAACAUUUGAAAAAGUUCAAUGACAUAUACAAUGCCAAAACUGCAUACUUUAGUAACCUUCAAAGGAUUUCCGACUCGUUAGUACCUUUGAUUCAACUAAAGCCAUCCACGCGGGCAUCUAUAUUGAAAAACGUCAAGGACAACACUCUCCUAAGCAAAAACUCUCAGAAAAUCAACAAUCUUCAGUCAAGGUUGAAAUAUCUCGAGACUUUAACAAAGUUGAAGGAGGGUUUGAAAAACGAGAACACAUUUAACUGCACCAUUUGCCUUGGCGAAAUUUACAUGGGCUCGGUAAUAAAAUGUGGCCACUUUUUCUGUCAAAGCUGCAUCUUCAGCUGGUUGAAAAACCAUGCCUCUUGCCCUUUGUGCAAAAUGCAGACAUCAAUGUCUGAGGUGUACAGCUUUAAAUUCCAAGACGCCCAGCCAGAAGCAGACUCAGAGCAGGACUCGGCAGCUCAACAAGAUGGAGACAACAAAAAAAUAGAAACUACGCUCAACAACGGCUCGUCCGAGGGCGAAUACCCACUCAAGUUCCGCAGAUACCCUGAUCUAGAGAAGAUCAACCAACUUGCCCUGAAAGAAAGCUACGGGGUUAAAAUCGAUUUUGCAGUGAAGCUGGUACUUUAUUUGCUGUACCGGCAUAAAAACAAUAGCGAGGAGAGCAGCAGCGACCCCCCUCCUCAAAUAAUCAUUUACUCACAGUAUUCUGAAUUUCUCAAUCUCUUGUCCAAAGUGCUCAAGCAGCAUUCAGUGCUGCACUGCAACACGGCCGGAGCAGGAAAGUUUUCCAAAAUGGUGGAGAAGUUCAAAAAGAAUCCAGAUGUCACUUGUCUAUUGUUAAAUGUGACGCGCCAAGCCACGGGCCUUACACUGGUGAACGCCACUCACGUCUUUAUAAUGGACCCGAUAAUGAACACUAGUGAUGAACAACAAGCGAUCAAUAGGACCCACAGGAUCGGGCAGACUAGAGAGACGCACGUGUGGAAUUUUGUGGUGAGAAACACCGUAGAGCAAAAUAUUGUCAGGCUCAAAGGCGUCCUGGAAGAAAGGGAGGCGUCUCGGAAGCAAAAGAGAACUCAGAAUUUCAAGGAUCGCACUUUUAAAGCAAAAAGCAUAACCGGCAAUGGAGGCAUUACUACCCAGGAUGGUGACGACAGCGACGAAGAAGAUGACGAUGAAAACCUCUUCAAUGUCAACCGCGGCGGGAGCGUUUCCGGGAAACACAUUUGGAACUGCUUUUUCCAGGAUCGAUAA